GCGUCACCAGCGCGGCCGCCAUUGUCCCGCGGGCGGCGAGUGGAGUGGUCCCUGAGGCGGGGGCUGCUCUCGGGUUUACGGCCGCUUCGGGCUCCUGUUCUCGACCUGUCGGUCCAGGAUGAACCCCGAAGAGGAAGCGACAGCAUUGGAGAUGGCUACAGGGCUGCCAGCGGAAUGGCUUCAGGAGCCGGUGACCUUCCGGGACGUGGCUGUGGACUUCACCCAAGAAGAGUGGGGACAGUUGGGCCCCGCCCAGAGGACCCUCUACCGUGACGUGAUGCUGGAGACCUUUGGGCAUCUGCUCUCUGUGGGGCCUGAGCUUCCAAAACCUGAAGUCAUCUCCCAACUGGAGCAAGGGGCUGAGCUGUGGGCAGCGGAGAGAGGAAUUGCCCAGGGUCACUGUCCAGGCUGGGAACCUGGACCCGAAAGCCAAGCGUCACCCAAGAAGCAGGGCCUUCUUGACGAGGAGCCAUCCCAUGUUGCGGAAAGGGAAGGCUUCCUGAGGGACACUCCCUGUCCCACCACACUAGGGAAACACUGGGAACGUGAGCGCCAGGUACAGGUGCCUGAGAAGGAACAGGAUAAUUUGAGGCAAUUGGAAGUUAGUCUUGAGGAAGUACCAGUUCAAGAUAAAAGCUAUGAAAGUUUCAGACCUGGGGAAAACAGUGUCCUGAGUGCAAACCCAGAUCCAUCCUCGGAGACUUCUAGGAGAGACUCUCUCUGUGCUUACGACUCACAGGCUAUAAACUCGGAAGGUAACUCAAGCUCAGUCCAGCAGACGGGCUCCUCCGGCAAAGGGCCGUGUGACAGCAGUGACUGUAGCAAAGCUUCCAGUCAGGCCAUUCCCAUUACAGAACUCACCCGAAGCCAAGUACAGGAUAAACCCUACAAAUGUACAGACUGUGGGAAGUCGUUUAAUCAUAACGCACAUCUCACAGUGCAUAAGAGGAUUCACACGGGAGAGAGGCCUUAUAUGUGCAAAGAGUGUGGGAAAGCCUUCAGCCAGAACUCCUCCCUGGUUCAGCAUGAGCGAAUCCACACGGGAGACAAGCCCUAUAAAUGUGCUGAGUGUGGGAAGUCUUUCUGCCAUAGCACACACCUUACUGUCCAUCGGAGAAUUCACACCGGGGAGAAACCCUAUGAAUGUCAGGACUGUGGGCGGGCCUUCAACCAGAACUCCUCCCUGGGCCGGCAUAAGCGGACACACACUGGGGAGAAGCCAUACACUUGCAGCGUGUGUGGGAAGUCCUUCUCACGGACCACGUGCCUCUUCCUGCAUCUGAGGACACACACAGAGGAGAGGCCCUAUGAGUGCAACCACUGUGGGAAGGGCUUCAGGCACAGCUCCUCCCUGGCCCAGCACCAGCGAAAGCAUGCUGGGGAGAAGCCCUACGAGUGCCGCCAGAGGCUGAUCUUCGAGCAGACGCCAGCUCUGACGAAGCAUGAGUGGGCAGAAGCCCUCGGCUGUGACCCACCUUUGAAUCCAGAUGAGAGGGCUCACCGAAGCGACAGGCCUUUUAAGUGUAAUCAUUGUGGGAAAUGUUUUAUUCAGAGCUCGCACCUCAUCCGACACCAGAUAACUCACACCAGAGAGGAGUCCCAGGGCCGGAACCGACGACGGCUUGAGCAGUCCUUUGCCCGGGGCUCACACCUUGCCCGGCAUCAGCACACACACUCCAGUGAGAACCCUGGGGGUGGGACAAAGGCAGGACAGCCCUCGAGCCGAGCGCUUGCCUUGUUUGACAUCCAUGAAAUCAUGCAAGAAAAAAACCCGGUUCACGUCAUUGGGGUUGAAGAGUCUUCCAUGGGUGCUUCUGUGUUAUUUGACAUCAGAGAAUCCUCGUAGAAGAGAAACUCUACAGAUGACUUUUGAACCACAGGUACAAAAAUGUGGUAAGUCCACAUAGUGCAUUCACAGAAAGGGGGACUGGGGGUAGAAACGUCUAAAGUGACCUCUGAUUCUUAAAGAAAUGGUGCUUCCCAAAUACUGGAGAUUGAUGGUUCUCAAAUCUGCCAAGCCCAGUGCCCCCUUUAACCACACGUGUUUUGUGCUGUUCCCUCCAUUACUGCAAAAUGAAUUCAUAGGUAAUGUAACCCACACACAUGUACUGUAAAAAAUUGAUAUACCGCCCCUUUUUGUAAAGCAUAAUUAAAACAAAAGUAAUUUAUGGUAGAGUGAUGUGGACUGAGUUGGUGCGGUACCUCUCCACGUGACUGUGUGGGCCAUUGUGCCUGAACACCUACCUGGGGCAUUUCAAGUGCCGUCUGGCAUAUGGGAUAUGGUAUUGGUCAUGGAAAUAGUCUGAGUGGCAUUCCUGUAUGGGAUGUGAUUUUCCUAAGUGGUGACUAACUUUUGCAAAAGUUUUGGACAAAACAAAAUACCAUUGCAUUUCUGGAAAAUUCUGUAUAAAAUUCUAAGCGUGCAGGGUUAAUUUGUGUUUCUAUGUGAAGUUGACUUAGGAUCUCAGUUCACACAUGACAGACUUGUUUCACAGAUUUGUACAUAGUCCACAGGAGCCAGCUCUGCACUUCACAAGAGCACACUUGGCCCCCACCCACAUGUCAGCUGCACCCAUGCCCAGAGCAAAAGACAAAAAGGCCCCCAUGAAAUUCUGCUACAUUCCCUGGGCAUGUCACAGAUCCUUUUGAAAGCCGUUGCCUUGAAAUUGCCAGCGUUGCUUAAGCCAGAGGUUUUCCAUCAGGGGUGGAUUUGUCCUCCAGGAGACAUCUAGUGAUGUCUGGAGACAUUUUUGGUUGUCAUAACUGGCAGAACAGUGGGGUGCCACUUGGCAACUAGUGGAUGCUGCUGAAUACCCUCUAAUGCCCAAGACCGUCCCUCAACAAAGAAUUACCUAGCCCCAAAUAUGCCAAAGUAAAGAAACCAUGCCCAGAACUACAGCCAACUUUUCCAGAGUCUAAAUUGAUCAGGGCUGCACUAACAGUCCUAUACCUUUGAUUUUAACAAAUGAUAUCAUUAACUGAUUUAUACCCAAUGUGUCUAGGGGCGCCUGGGUGGCUCAGUCGGUUGAGCGACCGACUUCGGCUCAGGUCAUGAUCUCACAGUUUGUGAGUUCGAGCCCCGCAUCGGGCACUGUGCUGACAGCUCAGAGCCUGGAGCCUACUUCUGAUUCUGUGUCUCCCUCUCUCUCUGCCCCUCCCCCACUCAUGCUCUGUCUCAGAAAUAAAUAAACAUAAAAAAAAAAAUUUAUACCCAGUGUGUCUUAUAGUAGUCUUUUUGACCAUUUUGCAGCAUUCCUAAUUGGUGUGAAAAAAAAAAAAAGCAUCUACUUAUUUUUCUGAGUAAUCUAAAUUUUAGCAUUGUAGGGGCGCCUGGGUGGCUCAGUCAGUUGAGUGUCCGACUUUGGCUCAGGUCAUGAUCUCGCGGUCUGUGAGUUCCAGCCCUGUGUUGGGCUCUGUGCUGACAGCUCAGAGCCUGGAGCCUGCUUUGGAUUCUGUGUCUCUCUCUCGCUCUCUCUGCCCCUCCCCCACUUGUGUUCUGUCUCUCUCUCUCUGUCAAAAAUAAAUAAACAUUUAAAAAAAGUUUUUUUAAUUUUAGCAUUUUAUCAUGGACAUCAUAAAACAUAGAUAAGCCCCACUUUUGACCAUUCCUCUUCCCUUCCCCAUCAAUGGUGUGGGGUGCAGCUUCGGGAAUGUUCUACCUAUCAGUGCCCUAUGUGGAGGGGAACUCCAGUGGUAACUUCAUGGUUCUAGGCAGCUGUGGAAGCCAGGCCUACAAUUGUCCCUUUCCCUCCACCUUGGCCCACAAAAUGGCAGCUCCUAAAGGUCUCAGAAUGGUUGCUGGGUGGGCUGAGGUUACAGUGGCCUCAGUGGGUUAGCUGGGAACAAGCUUGUCACUCGCCUCCCUCUCCAGGCAGCAGAGAUGAUUACAAAUGUUUCAUUUCUCAUUUCGGGUCGUGUUUUCUAGGCAUAAUGUUCCUACUGAUUUCCUUAUAGAUGUUUUGAAACAGUCAGAUAAACUCUUCAGAGGAAGUUACUAUAAACUACGGAAUACGUGGCUUUAUCAGUUUAUAAAAGUAAUGCAAAUUCUUUACUGUAAAACAUGGAAAAUGCACAAAAGUAAAAUUUAAUUCCUCAUACUUCCACUAUCCAGAGAUGGUCAUUACCAUUAAGAUUUUGUUAAUUUCCCUUGUAAUUUUUUCAUAACAAUAUAAAUGUAUACAUAGAAUGUACAUGUGGGUAUAUAGAUCUUAUACUCACAAAAAAUAUAUUUCUAGUUGUGUCGUGUUUAGAAAAUUGGAACCCUUUCUAGUAACACAUGCUUCUUAACUGUUUUGGGGUUUUUUUGAGCAUUUUCCUCUGGCCAUGAAUCUCAUGUAGCUUUUUAAAUUACCUUUCAGGAGGGUUGUAGGAGCAUGACCACCUAGCAUUUUACCAGCCUUGACUUUUAUCCAAAAGUGGGGGAGUCUUUUCUACAUGUUUCCAGGGAGAGUAAAAAGUGAUACAGCCUCUGUGAAGGGCAGCUUAUCAGUUGCUAUCCAAAAUUACAGACACACACAGGGUGCCUGGGUGGCUCAGUCUGAUAAGCUUCAGACUUCGACUUCAUGAUCUCGUGGUUCACGAGUUCAAACCCCAUGUCAGGCUCUGUGCUGACAACUCAGAGCCAGGAUCCCGCUUCUCACAUAAUGUGUCUCCCUCUCUCUCUGCCCCUCCCCCACUAAUACUCUGUCUCUCUCUUUCUCUCAAAAAUAAAACAUUAAAAAAAAUUUUUUUAAUAAAAAUUAAAAUUAUAAAUACACAAACUCUUUGUCUCAGUAAACCUGUUGCUGGGAGAUAUAUUUGUACAUUGUAGACUGUACAUGGUUUCACUAUGGUAUUGAUUUCAGAAGUAAAAUUUGUAAACAACCUCAGUGUCCACCCUGGGGAACUGGGUUAGUGAUUGCUGGAAUGGAGCAUGACACAGUCUUAAAAAUGGGGACUGUCUUUAUGUACUAAUAUGGGAAAGAGCUCCAAGAUACAUUGUUAAAUGAAAAGGUGUAAAACAGUAUGUAAAGUAUGUUUCCAUUUGUGUAAAAAAUCCUUUGCUUACACACACACACACACACACACACACACACACACACACACACACAGUAUCUCCUAAGGGUAUAAAGUAACCAAGCAUACUAGUUGCUCUUGGGGAGGAGAAGUGGGGGGAAAGGGAUGAGGAAUGAUUUUCACUUUAUAUCUUUUGGUAUUUUUGGAAUUUUGAAAUAUGUAAAAGUAUUACCAGUUCAAAAAAUAAAUUUAAAUUAAAAAUCUCAACUCUUUCAAGUUAAA